AUGGAAUGUUCAGAUUGUCUAAUAGUUUAUGAUUGUAUAGUAUUAUUGGAUACAAAUCCAAACUUAGUAUACAAAAUAACAUAUAAUUUUAAUGAAACAUUAGAAUCUAUGAUUGUUAUUUGGAUUCCAACAUUUAACAAAAUGAAAGUUGGAAGUAAUUUAAGGAAGACUAGACAGGAAAAACUAGGGGUUGAUACGAGUUACCUGGAACAAGCUUCUGAACUCCGUGAAAAAUUAAAAAAUCAACGAAGUAAAAGCUUAGGGGAUGGUGAAAGUUUGGGAUCUAUGGGUCCAUCGAAUCUUCAGGUGGGUAGCACGGGAAUUUCUCCAGCGCUUUCGCACGGCCUUGCAAGCGCCGGCCUUGGUGCUUUGAUGGGUGUGGUAGGAGGAAUGGGCGGAAUGAGUGGAAUGGGACCAAUGCCCGGAACGCUUGGAAUGGGAAUGGGAAUGGGAGGAAUGCCAGGAAUGACAGGAAUACCCGCUUUGCCUCCGAUGGCUGGUAUGAGGGGAAUGGCACCAAUGGGAGGAAUGGGACGUCCCAUGAUGAGAUGA